AUUUACUUGUGAACCAAACACAUUGAGUGAAACAUUUAAAUAAAUGUACAAUGCAGUAAACAACAGCAGAGUCGUUCAAGUAAACAACGAACAAUUAGUUUAAACUAAAGUACGCUUAAUGCUUUAAGUGAAACAUGAGUAUAUGUUAAAAUUGUGCGUCAAACGACGGUCAUAAAAGUGAAGUAAAAACCAGACAGAGACAAGACCAUGAGUAACUACCGAUACCAUGGUGGUGGUGGGGGCGGAGGCGGUGGAUACUAUGGCAUCGAAGUGCGUGACAUGCAUCAGCGUAUAUCGUAUCCACAUCAAUUUACAUUCGUUAGCUCCUGCGUAAAGUACAUGAUAUUUAUGCUAAAUUUAAUAUUCUGGCUAUUUGGUGGACUGCUUUUGGGUAUCGGUAUAUAUGCCUUUAUGGACAAAUGGAAUGAUGCCAAUGGCUGGGUGAAGCUGGAAAACAUUUACGAUGUUGUACUCAACAUAUCUCUAGUCAUGAUCAUUGCAGGCAUUGUCAUAUUUGUAGUUAGUUUUGCUGGCUGCUUGGGUGCACUGCGCGAAAAUACUCAUCUGCUCAAGUUCUACUCGAGGUGCCUGUUGAUUUUCUUUCUGAUGGAAAUGGUCAUAGCUAUCAUCUGCUUUGUCUUUCCACAAAAUAUGAACUCAUUCGUGGAAUAUCAGUUCACUGAUAAAAUCAUACACUCUUAUCGCGAUGAUCCCGAUCUACAGAAUUUUAUUGAUUUUGCACAAAAAGAGUUUCAGUGCUGUGGUCUGAGCACUGCCGGCUAUCAGGAUUGGGCUAAAAACGAAUACUUUAACUGCUCAUCGCCAUCGGUGGAAAAGUGUGGCGUGCCAUACAGUUGCUGCAUCAAUGCAACCGAUAUUAGCUCGGGACUGGUUAACAUUAUGUGCGGCUAUGAAGUGCAGGAACAUUCUGUUGCAGCUGCCAGUAAACUGAUCUGGACCAGUGGCUGCAUUGAGAUCGUUCGCGUCUGGGCAGAGCGAAAUCUCUAUACAAUUGCUGGCAUUGCUCUGGGAAUCGCUCUUAUACAAUUGUUGGUCAUAUACUUGGCCAAGACUUUGGAAGGACAAAUCGAAUUGCAAAAGUCGCGCUGGGCAACGUAAACACAGCGAUAUGCAUACGUGUAUUACUCGGACAAACUUAUUUGACAAAUCAUUAUGAAAUAAGCAUACAGGAAUCAAAAUACUCUAUUAUUUUUUUUAAGCUCUUGCAGCAUUAUUUUGAAAUUAUUUCUUAUCUCAUUCGUUCAGUACGCGCUUUAUAAAGCCAAUAUACACAUGUAUUUUCUUUGACAUUGUUGAUGUAUGUAUUUGAAUUUACUUAUUUGUAAAAAAAAAAAAAGAAAUUAAAUCUAUUAUCUGCAACUGCACAACACAUUUGCGGUUCAAAAGUUAUCAGCUUAAAGACUCGAUAUAAGCAAAAGACUCGCAUAUUUCUUGAAUAUUUAAAUACAUAUUCUUCGCGAACAA